CCAGCUGCCCGGUCGCCAUGGAGACGGGAGGAGCGGUUGGAGCGGUUGAGCGGCGCGGGGCGGCCCGGGUCCCAGGUGAACUCCUCCGGCCUAGAUGCGCUGCUGGGUGCGGUAGGUUCCGCACUGCGGCGGGCAGCGGCCGGGCAGGGGGGGUCGCGGUGAGCCUCCCAGACUCACUGAAGCAGGGCGCAUGCGCUCGCGGGCGCCCCCGAUCCAGGCCUGCUCCCCUGUGGCUGUAGGGGGCGGGGAUUGGGGUCCUCGCGGCUUCUCCAUUAUCUCGUUGAGGGGCAAGGGGGAGGGUUGCUACAGGUUACAUAGAGUGCGCCUCUGCGCGGAGAACUAGGGUAGUUCACACGUGCGAAGUCUUUUUCACGGGAUAAAAGGGACCCCGCUAGCUCCAAAGCUCGUGCUUGAAAGUGUAGAGCUGCUGUGGUUGUGGGGGGUUUCUGUCCAGGUCUGGUUUGAUGAGCAUCAGGGUCGGCAGGCAGCUCAUUCUUGCCGUGAGCCUGAGGGCUGGGACUGCAGAGUCCUACAGCAAGGCCUCACAGACCCUGUUUUUCAGACACCCAAAACCUUUCCUGGAUGAUACUGAGACUGGCAGUUCACCGUCUAAAGGCAGGCACACAUUAUAGACAAGUGGUUGAAGUACCAUUACAGUCAGAAUCUGUAGAACAAAGGCCUAAAGAGGGGAUCAGAGAUGGUGACGUUGAAUAUAGAAAAAAAGACAACAUUACAAAUGAUUACAGCAGUGGAGACAGCUUGAUAGAAGUGAAAACAGACAUUCAGCCUGAAAAGAAAACUGUGAUCUCUGUAUCUGAAACAAAUGAACAAAAUGAGCAGCAAUUAAGUGGUGAUCAUAAACCAGUGGUUGAUCUAUCCAUGCAAAAGGUAGAAGAAACAAAAGAUUGCUCAAGAAUGACAAAAAAGGCUUUGAGAGACAUCUGCAAACAGCAAAAAUUGUACUUGACCCCGUCCUUGAAUGAUACACUAUAUUUACAUUAUAAAGGAUUUGACCGUCUUGAGAAUCUUGAAGAGUACACAGGAUUGAAGUGUCUAUGGCUGGAGUGCAACGGCUUAACAAAAAUUGAGAAUCUGGAGGCUCAGGCAGAGUUGCGCUGCUUAUACUUGCAACUCAACUUAAUUAGUAAGAUUGAAAAUCUUGAACCACUACAAAAGCUGGAUUCUCUCAACAUCAGUAACAAUUAUGUCAAGACCAUUGAAAAUCUCUCUUGUCUGAGAGUGUUGCAUACUCUUCAGAUUGCUCACAAUAGGUUACAAACUGUGGAAGAUAUACAGCAUUUACAGGAGUGUCCAAGUGUAUGUGUUCUUGACCUUUCCCACAACAAACUAGAUGAUCCACAAAUUAUAGAUGUUUUGGAGACCAUGCCUGAUCUGUGUGUGCUGAAUUUGAUGGGAAAUGAAGUGAGAAAGAAAAUUUCUAAUUAUCGAAAGACCCUUACCGUACGACUGAAACAAUUAACAUACCUGGAUGAUAGGCCAGUUUUUCCAAAGGACAGAGCCUGUGCAGAAGCCUGGGCCAAAGGAGGGAAUAAAGCUGAGAAAGAAGAAAGGGAAAAAUGGGAGAACAGAGAGAGAAGGAAGAUCCAAGACAGUAUUGAUGCUCUGGCAGCAAUCAGGCAAAAAGCAGAAGAGAAAAAAAGACAAAGAGAAAGGGAACAAAGUGUUGCACAUGAAAAGUGUGAAAACAUAGACAUAAAGUCAUUGGAAGGAAACUUUCUACCAUCAGGUGACAGGAUUGCAACUGACAGUACUUCAGGGAUAUCAAAUCCUUCUGAAGAAGCAGAAACUCAACGAAAGAUUGAGAAAUUUGUAAAUGAAAGCAUGGAAGUCCACAAUGAAUUUACAUCUGCAAUCUCCAACAGUGAAUAUCAGUCUAAUAUCUCAAAUUGUAAGAUUGUAAUUAAAGUUCAGGAGGAUGAGCGAGAAUCAGAUUCUCACAAGUGCCCAAAUUUUACCACUAAAGGCGAAGAAAUACUUCCAGGGAAGAUGGCUACUGAAAGUGCCCUAGUAACUGAACUGAAUGAAUCUGCAGAUGUAGAACAAAUUAAACUGGAAGUUCCAGAGAAGUUUUACAUUGAUGAACUGCCUGAUUUAGAAGAUGUAGGUGCUAGUGAAUUCUCUCAAGAAGAGGAAAUCUCAACCAGAAAGCAAACAUAUCAUCCAAAGAUUGAAAUAAUUUCUGAAGUAACUAAUGAUGAGGAGUCUUUAUCAGAGGAAUAUGGUAAAACCACAUUUGAGAAUUUAGUAACAGAAGAGAUCCCAACAGCCAUCUUUUCAAAUAUAUACAAAGUACCUGAAGACAGUCAAAAGAAAACCUUAAGUCCCCUUGUGGAAGCCUUAUUAGCAGAGCCUUUGAAUACAGAGACAAACUUGGAGACCAAAAAUAACCAAGCCAGACCUCCAAAACCAUUGGUACUAGAGAUUAUUCCUGAAAAUGAGUGUGAUAUGCCAGUGUCAUCAGCCUGCAAUAAAGUGGAUAAUGGUAAUGAUCCAGUCCCAUGGGAAGAGGUCAGUGGGGACAAUCACAUUGCACCCUUUUGUUCUGGGACUAGUGUUGACGACAAAACUGAUCAGUGCCUAGCUGAGAAUGGAACGAUUGCUCAUAAACCACAAGACGGCAACAACCAGAUUGAAUAUGGAUUAGAUUAGCAAUGGAUAAAAUGGACUGAAUUUGGAAUAAGUCACUGAGGCUGAUUUAUGAAACUUCCAAAAUACCCAGUUUAGCAAUUAUUCAGUUAAUCAAACACCAGAGACAACACUUUUGGUAACCUUAUUCAGAACUACUGCCUUAAUAAAAGGCCUAUUGCCCCAUUACCCACUCUCAGCCAGCAAAACAGCUUAGCCCUCAGAAACACUAUGCUAAAAGGCAGUACUGUUGUGAACAUCAGAGAAAUUUGUGCCAAAUAUGUUACUGUGCAGAAAGGAAGUGCUAAUAUCUAGCAAAUCCACAGAUGAAAAGUGCCUUAUGGGCUGAUUUUCAAGAUACUGAGCUCCCUCAAGAGUUAGUAACAAUUAUGAGUGCUCAGUACCUUUGAAAACCAGGUACCUGAUAUUUAAAAUUUGAAUGCAGGCUUUUUUUUCAGAGUUCUCUUUAUUUCUCACAUUUUGACAAAAAACCCCAAAACAUAUUUCUAUCCUAGAAUGCUGUUUAUUUACUUAGUUUUAACCCAGAGCUCAUUGUUGUUUCUUGUUUGGUUAAAUAAAGAUUCUGUUAGGAAUAUGGUGUAUUGUUAACUUGUAUUACAGUCCCACGUGUAUAUUUUAGCAGAUAUGUGUCAGAUAAAUGCUCAGUGAAACCCAAGCUAACCGACUUAGUAAGAUACAAAUAUUCAUACACAAGUGCAUAUGCAAAUUAUGGACACACAUUUUUGUACAUUCAGCUAGGUCCACUUAUUUCUAAACUACUCCAAGACUAUAAUGAUGCUGAGUCAUCUGCAGUUCCAGUAUAAAUUAAUAUCCACCCCCGCAUCACACAGGA